UUAAAAAAAAAGAAAUAAAGAAAUUUUAGGAUGGGAAUUUUUGUUCUCCUUAAAUUUUUCUUGUACAGGAUUGAUAAUUUACUGGAAUAUAUUAACUUACUUAAUUAAUUCUUGUAUUGUUUACUUAUGUUAUCAAUGAUCAUCUUUUAAUGUUUGUUUCAUUAUUAUGAUAUGGUUGAAAUUUGCCUUUUUUUGUUGAGGUAUUGUUUGAUUGAAAAUGAGACGUUUCGGAAUGGAACCAAUUUGGACAUCAGAAGAUACUAGAAAUGCUAUUCUGGCUAGCCUGAUACCUGGUGCCACUGCUUUUACUGCAUUUGCUGUUUUUGCAAACGAUCGCAGCGUUGUAGAUUGGUGGACACAUGCAAAAAAGCCAGAUUGGGCUCCAAAGAAUCCAUUGGUAUAUUCCGUUUGUGAUAUUGCAACACUUAGCCCUUUGGGCUAUGCAUCUUACCUUGUUUAUAAGAACGGAGGUGGUUUACAGUACAGUGACACGAAGGUUGCCCUUGGAUUGUAUGGAUUAAACAUGGUUUUUGCUCUCACAACAAUUCCUUUGAUCAAGAAGAGAAGUUUUACUUCUUUGUUUCGAAACACAGUACUUUUGAAUGCAGCAGCAAUUGGCGCAGCGUUCGCGUUUUACAAGAUUGAUAAAACAGCCGGUCAGCUUCUGCUUCCAUACGCUAUUUGGACUGGAUUUUACGCUGUUCUUACUUAUUCUAUGAGUAAGGAAAAUGUGUCGGAACACUAAUUUUGUUUAAAGAAAGGAAUGAAAUUAUAACAGUACGAAAUUGGGUCGUUAACUUUUUCUAAUCUUAGUAUUGGCGACAGUCGAGAAUAUUGUGGAAUGGUCUGGAUUAACUGUUGUGGAAUAAUUAUUAUUAUAACUUAUCGUGGAGAAAUAACAUGGAAUAAUUAUUCGGAAAUUCGGAAUAAACCGUGCUCCACGAGCCUUUUAGAAAUACAAAUAGAUGACAUAUCUCUUCUUUUAAUGCUGAAAUCUGUCUUUAUCGCAUGAUUGCAGUCGUUGUUCAUUAACUGUCAUAUUGUUACUUUGCUGUUUAUUGCUUUGUUAUUCGGAAUAUGUUAGAUAUCAAUGCCAUCAAUGAUUAGAAUGUCGUAAACUUGUUAAGUUCGUAUGCUAUCUGUUUACAUAUGAUUAUUCAUUGAUAAAGUUUGCAGUGCU